AAUUUUUAGAUUGUUAGAAGGGAAGGAUUACUGAUUUAUUUUACUGUACUAAGAUUAAUCCCUCAAGAUGUCGUUUCCACGAAAUACGUCAAAUGCAAUGCUUGUUGAUUUUUUAAAAAAAGUAGGACAUAUCCAGGAUUACAGAGUAGAGGAAGUCAUGCUGGGGGUUGAUCGAGCUGACUUUUGUCCACAGAAUCCUUAUCAGGAUUGCCCACAACAAAUCGGGUACAAUGCAACUAUUAGCGCUCCUCAUAUGCAUGCGUUGGCUUUAGAACUUUUGAAAGGCCACUUAAGGGACGGCAACACGGUACUGGAUAUUGGCUCCGGUUCCGGCUACUUAACAGUUUGCAUGGCACUCAUGGUCGGUGAGAGAGGAAGAGUGAUUGGAAUUGAUCACAUCAAGGAACUUGUAGAUCUUUCGAUCAAUAACAUUAAUAAACAUCAUGGUGAUCUGCUUAUGGAUGGACGAAUAACAAUGUUUGUAAAUGAUGGGCGUAGUGGAUACAAAGCUGACGCUCCAUAUAUGGCUAUUCAUGUUGGUGCUGCCGCACCGAAACUUCCUGAUACAUUGGUGGAUCAACUUGCUCCAGGUGGUCGGAUGAUUAUUCCAGUAGGUGAAGUUUUCAGUGAUCAGCACUUUGUUCAGGUUGACAAAGAUUUGAAUGGUAAUGUGAAGGUUGAAGAAUUAUUUGGUGUUUUAUUUGUUCCACUUACAGAUCGAAAACACCAACUUGGCCAUUUGAAACUUAGGUAAUUUCCU